GGAAUACCGGCCUACGAACCCUGCGCAGCUGGACGGUCUUCUCUCUCUCAGAAUAUACACGAAGCGCAUCCGUUGAGACGCCGACGACCUCACCGCCAGGGGCGGAUCUAUGUGAGCAACAAAAAUUAAAUUUGUAGAGUAAUUUUUUUGAUUAUUUAGGAUUAGCCCAUCACAAACUCAGUACAGCCCACUUGCCUGCAAACCCUUCUCUUCUCCUUCCCGUCGACCUCGCUCUCGCUCGCGGCUCACCCUCGCUGCCUCCUCUUCUCUUGCUCGUCCCCUCGCGCUUGCUCUCGCUCGCCCUCGCUGGCUCUCUCUUGCUCUCGCGCCGAGCUCGGCCCCUCUUGCUCUCGCUCGCCCUCGCUCUCUGCCUCUCUUGCUCUCGCUCGCCCUCCCUCUCUGCCUGACUGCCUCUCUCAGUCUCUCUUGCUCUCGCCCCCACGCUCGCUCGGCCAGUCGGCCUCGCCCUCUUGCUCGCUGCCCUGGCCCCUGCCUCUGAUUCAGGUCUUCGUUUUACCCCCCCCCCCCUCCCCAAACAUCCAGAUUUGCUUCAUUCGAGCCCAGCCCCCCCAACCUAAAUUCCUAGAUCCGCCCCUGCUCACCGCCGUCCUUUACUGUCAAAAAAUGUCGGUGCUGAUAGUGACGAGUUUAGGAGACAUCGUCAUGGACCUGCACACGGAUCUCUGCCCCUUGACCUGCAAGAACUUCUUGAAGCUUUGCAAUUCAAAAUUCACAAUGAGCAUUUGGAUCUUUUCUGCGAAGACCGUCAGGAUCAAGUACUACAAUGGUUGUCUAUUUCACACGGUUCAGAAGGAUUUUACUGCACAAACUGGUGAUCCUACUGGAACUGGGGCUGGUGGUGAUUCCAUAUACAAGUUCUUAUAUGGUGAUCAGGCUCGCUUUUUUGGGGAUGAAAUUCAUUUGGAUCUAAAACACACAAAGAUGGGCACUGUUGCCAUGGCUAGUGCUGGAGAGAAUCUUAAUGCUUCUCAGUUCUAUAUCACACUUCGUGAUGAUCUUGACUAUCUUGACGGAAAGCACACAGUUUUUGGGGAGGUUGCAGAGGGGCUUGACACACUUCAGAGAUUAAAUGAAGCUUAUGUGGAUGAGAAGGGCAGGCCUUUCAGAAAUAUACGAAUCAAGCAUACUUAUAUACUAGAUGAUCCUUUUGAGGAUCCUGCCCAGCUAGCUGAGUUGAUUCCAGAUCCUUCGCCUGAAGGAAAACCGAAAGAGGAGGUUGAAGUUGAUGUACGGCUUGAAGAUGACUGGGUGCCCAUGGAUGAGCAAUUAGAUGCAUCAGAGCUUGAGGAGGUUCUCCGUGCAAAGGCUGCGCAUUCCAGUGCAGUAGUCCUAGAGAGUAUAGGAGACAUACCUGAAGCUGAAACAAAGCCUCCUGACAAUGUGCUGUUUGUUUGUAAACUAAAUCCUGUAACUGAAGAUGAGGACUUGCAUACUAUCUUUUCACGUUUUGGAGUUGUGACAUCGGCUGAAAUCAUCAGGGAUUAUAAAACUGGAGACAGUUUAUGCUAUGCUUUCAUUGAGUUUGAGAGCAACGAAGCUUGCGAACAAGCAUAUUUUAAGAUGGAUAAUGCACUAAUUGAUGAUAGAAGGAUACAUGUGGAUUUUAGUCAAAGUGUUGCAAAAUUGUGGUCCCAAUAUAGGCGCAAAGAUAGCCAAAAGGGUAAAGGAGGGGGUUGUUUCAAAUGUGGUGCUACAGAUCACAUUGCCAAGGAUUGUACAGGGGAUCCCUCCAGGCAGCAGUCAACGAAGUAUAUUUUAAAAGAUGAUAACAGUCAGCGAGGGGGAACGAACAACUCAAGGUAUGAGAUGGUGUUUGAUGAGGAAACUGCCAGAAGUCCACCGAAAGAGCGGAGACAGAGAGACUAUGAAAUAGAAGAACGUAAUCAGAGAAGGAAGGUGGAACACCAAAGUGCGGAAGAUCUUAAGGAAAGGGAACAUGAAAGGUCUCGUGAUAGGCAUGGGCACGGUGAUAGAACAAGGGAAAACAGGGACCAUGAUAGACAUAGGCACGGUGAUAGAACGAGAGAAAACAGGGACCAUGAGAGGAACCGUGAAAGUAGAGCUAGUCAAUCCAGUAGAAGAUCGAGGGACUUUGAAUACCAUGACGACAGAAGGGAUAGAGAGAAGCACAUGCAAAGGCAUGGGCAUAGAGAUGACAGCAGGACAGAUGCACGGGAUUACAAGAAGAGAAGUGCAGAUGGUGUUAGCAGUGCGGACAGGAAGGAAGAUGGGAGGGAUAACGAAGGCCCUAAAAGUUUAAAUAUCGAUAAUGGUAGACAGACCAAGGAUGAUGAUUCAAGCCACAGGAGGAACCGGGACGAGCGAGAUUAUGGGAAGAAAAGCAGAGAUAUCGAUGAUUAUCGUGAUCACGAUCGUGGUCGUGAUCGUGAGAUAAGACAUAGAGGGGAUGGUAGGAGAUAAAACGUCCAAAUGGUGAAAGUUUAUGAUUGUAAUGUAAUAUUCUCUGGGAUUUGUUGUAUUUCCCUCUGUUUUUGGCUCUCUUCAGAUGCUCAACUAUUGAGUGUUAAAUCAAGACAAAGCAAAUGUAGCUCCAUUUCCCUAGUGCUAUACAUCCAUCCCAAAACUUCAUAGAAUUUUUUCUUGUUUGAUCGGACUAGUGUAAUGAGCUGUUGGGUUCGUGAUCUUCAAGUCCCUGAAAGAGCAGAAUUAUGUAGACAUCAACGUAAGUUUUUGUUAAUGCUUGACAGAUCAACUGUUUUGCUCAAAAUAACCAUACUUGAUUUUUCUCCUA